AUGAACUGCACACACAAUCUGCUGCGGAACCUACGGAUUCCCGGCAGCAGCCUCGCUACCAGAUCCGCCCGCCAAUGCGCCAGAAAAGCAGCAUCAACAGCUUCAACGGCAAGCCGCACUCCCGCGCCUCGAGCCGUCCAAUGCAGACGCAUCUCAUCGACUGCUUCCCGAUCAAAUAAGCCACAGUCUGCCGACGACCCCAACUUUGUGUCCAUUGUCGACCUCCAGCCGCAGACGGUUCGCGCGGGCAAGCGUCAUGGCCCGGGCAUCCUCCUCCUCGCCCUCAUCCCAGUCACCGCAUUCGUCCUCGGCACAUGGCAGGUCCAGCGCCUAGACUGGAAGACGAAGCUCAUUGCAAAGUUCGAAGACCGCCUCAUCCGCGACCCCCUGCCCCUGCCGCCUCACAUCGACCCCUCCGUCGUCGGCGAGUUCGACUACCGCCGCGUCCUCGCCACCGGCCGCUUCCGGCACGACCAGGAGAUGCUCGUCGGCCCGCGGAUGCGCGACGGCCAGGACGGCUUCAUGGUCAUCACGCCCCUCGAGCGCAAGGACGGCUCCACCAUCCUCGUCAACCGCGGCUGGAUCAGCAAGAAGCACCGCAGCCAGAGCACGAGGCCCGACAGCCUCGUCCAGGGCGAGGUCACCGUCGAGGGGCUGCUGCGCGAGCCCUGGAAGAAGAACAUGUUUACUCCGGAAAACAGGCCGGACAAGGGCGAAUUCUACUUUCCCGACGUCCACCAGAUGGCGGAGCUGACGGGCAGCCAGCCGGUGUGGAUAGAAGCUACUAUGGAACCUGAGUUUAUGCGCAUGAUGGACUAUGAGGCGCGCGGAAUCCCCUUCGGACGGCCCGCAGAGGUCAACCUAAGGAACAACCACGCGCAGUACAUCUUUACAUGGUACGGGUUGAGCAUCGCCACGUCAAUCAUGCUGUACAUGGUGCUCAAAAAGCCGCCGUCCAACAUUGCCCGCCGCGUUCGGGCCAGCGGAUCCAUGUGA